AUGAAAUCUUUAGUGUUUUUCAAGUUGUUAGGAGUAUUGGCUUUUUUUUCUAUGUUAUAUGGUGGUGUCCAUUGUAAAGAGUGUACAAACAUUUAUACUCCAUUGUCAUCACAUACUUUUAGAUAUGAGUUAUUGUCUUCAAAGAAUGAAACUUUAAAACAAGAGAUUUUUAGUCAUUACCAUUUGACUCCUACCGAUGAUUCGGCCUGGCUUAACUUGCUUCCUAGGAAGGUGUUGAGGGAGGAAGACGAGUUUGAUUGGGCUAUGACGUAUAGAAAGAUGAAGAAUUCGGGUGGUCUUGUAGAAGUUUAUGGUUUGUUGAAUGAGGUUUCACUCCAUGAUGUGAGAUUGGAAUCAAAUUCAAUGUAUGGAGUUGCUCAGCAAACUAAUUUGGAAUACUUGUUAAUGCUUGAUGUUGAUAGAUUGGUUUGGAGUUUUAUGAAAACAGCUGGUCUGGAGAUUCGUGGUAAGCCAUAUGGAGGUUGGGAGAAACCAGAGAUGGAGGUUCGAGGUCAUUUUGUUGGUCAUUACCUUAGUGCCACAGCACAGAUGUGGGCUAGCACCUACAAUGACAGUCUUGGAGAGAAAAUGUAUGCUGUGGUUUCUGCACUAAAUGAAUGCCAGGAAAAGAUGGGUACAGGGUAUCUUUCUGCCUUCCCAUCAGAGCAAUUUGAUCGCGUUGAAGCUAUACAACCAGUCUGGGCACCGUAUUAUACAAUUCAUAAGAUAAUGGCAGGUCUUUUGGAUCAGUAUACUUUAGCUGGCAAUCCUAAAUCUUUGAAUAUGACUACAUGGAUGGUUGAUUACUUCUACGAUCGGGUGCAAAAUGUGAUCACCAAAUAUACUAUUCAAAGGCACUGGGAUUCGUUAAAUGAAGAAUUUGGUGGCAUGAAUGAUGUUCUUUAUAGGCUGUACAGAAUAACGGGUAAUUCAAAGCACCUAGUGUUGGCUCAUCUUUUUGACAAACCAUGCUUUUUAGGACGCUUAGCUGUUAAGGCUGAUGACAUAUCGAAUUUUCAUGCAAAUACACACAUUCCAAUUGUUAUUGGAUCACAACUGCGUUAUGAAAUUACUGGUGAUCCAAUUUCUAAGGAAAUUGGGAUGUUCUUCAUGGAUAUUGUCAAUUCUUCCCACGUCUACGCAACUGGAGGGACAUCAGCCGAUGAAUUUUGGUCAGAUCCGAAGAGGUUAGCAAGCAAGCUAAGCAAAGAGACCGGAGAAUCGUGUACUACCUAUAAUAUGCUAAAGGUUUCCCGCCACUUGUUCAGAUGGACGAAAGAAAUAGUAUAUGCUGAUUAUUAUGAGCGUGCAUUAACAAAUGGUGUGCUCAGUAUCCAAAGGGGGAGAGAUCCUGGAGUGAUGAUAUAUAUGCUUCCACUUCGACCGGGUGCUUCCAAAGCUCGGACCUACCAUAAAUGGGGAUCGCCGUUUAAUGACUUUUGGUGUUGCUAUGGAACAGGGAUUGAAUCAUUCUCCAAAUUGGGAGAUUCUAUUUAUUUCGAAGAGAAAGGUAAUUCUCCUGGGCUCUACAUCAUCCAGUAUAUAUCUAGCACUCUUGAUUGGAAGUCUGGGCAAAUUGUGGUGAGUCAGAGCGUAGACCCUGUUGUUUCGUGGGACAAUCGCCUUCUAGUGACAAUAAUGGUGUCAUCAAAGGGGAAUGAAACUAGUGCACCAUCUACAUUGAAUCUGAGGAUACCAAGUUGGACAGAUUCAAGUAGCGCAAAAGCAUCCUUGAACGGAGAGAAUUUAUCUCUACCUCCACCAGGUAACUUCCUAUCGAUCACCAAGGGUUGGGGCUCAGGUGAAAAAAUCAACAUGGAGCUUCCUAUGAAUCUUCGAACAGAGGCUAUUAAAGAUGACCGUUUAGAAUAUGCAUCGAUACAGGCAAUUCUUUAUGGUCCAUACCUUCUCGCGGGCCAUUCUACUGGCGAUUGGGACAUUGAAAGAAAAUCCACUUCUCUCUCAGAUUUGAUAACUCCAGUUCCAUGGGAGUAUAAUUCUUAUCUAAUAUCUCUAACACAAGAAUCUAGUAAUGCAACAUUUGUCAUGACAAGCACGAACCGCUCUAUUCAAAUGGAGAAGUACCCUGAAACCGGAACAGAUUCUGCUGUCAGUGCUACCUUCAGACUCAUCUCAAAUGACAAACAAUCUGUCAAGCUUUCAAAACCAAAAGAUUUUAUCGGACUACUAGUCAUGUUAGAGCCCUUUGAUUUCCCUGGAAUGUUCAUAACUCAUCUACGAAAUGGCACAAGUCUCGGGAUCACACAGUCCUCGGAUGGGAUUGGGUCGUUAUUCCGUUUGGUUGCAGGAUUAGAUGGGAAGGACGGGACAGUUUCGUUAGAAUCUGAUGACAAAAGUGGUUGCUUCAUGUAUAGUGGUGUGGACUACAAAGAUGUAUCAAUUGUCAAGCUUAACUGCAAUUCGAAGUCGUCCUUCGAUGCUGAAUUCAAACAGGCAGCAAGUUUUAUGUUAGGAAAUGGGAUUACCCAGUAUCACCCUAUCAGCUUUGUGGCAAAAGGUGCUAAGAGAAACUUUCUUUUGGCACCAUUACUGAGCUUCAAAGAUGAAUCUUAUACUGUGUAUUUCAACAUUCAAUCAUAG